AUGGAGAGUUCACUGUUCGAAACCCAAAAGCCCUCUCAAACCCCUCUCCCUUUCCCUCCACAUCGCAGAAGACAUCUCAGGAGCGAGACCUACCGUACCAUUGUUCACAUUCUCUCCAAUUGCUGCGACGAGUCUCAGCGGUCUCAUGCACUCCCAACUGUUCCAGAGGAGCCAAAACAAGAUUGUGGUGGCAGUGCACUAGGGCAAUUGACGGAAAUCAAUAGAUUGGUUGGUCCUAAUCAUAUGGAAUCCGAGAGUUGGAUAGUUCUGAAAAAAUCAGAAGAGAAUGGAGAAGUUAUUGGUUCUGAGGACAGAGAUUGUAGACAUAAAGUAAUAAGAGUAGAUGGGUUAGACCAUGUUAAUGCAAUGGUUCAUGACAUUAAUGUUAACUCAGUGGGGGAAGGUAGCCAGACUACCAAUGGUGGAGUUGGGUUGAGGUUGAUCAAUAACCAAGAAGAUUAUUUAAAUGACCCGGAACCUCAUAUGGAAGAAUCUGGGCAUAAGGAGCAGCUACAAGUAGAUCAGGAACUCUCUAUUGGUGAGGCUUGUGAAACUAUUGACUCGUGUUUCGGUAUAGAUAUGAUCGCUGGAAUCGCUGGAACUACAAAACCUGGUGAGAUUAAUGAAGAAACAAGGUCUAAUGUGGAGAGAUAUUUUUCAGAAGAAGUUGAGCUGGAAUUGCAUCAGAAAGAGAUGGAAUUGGAGAAAUUGAUAACUUGUUCUAAAGGGCGGCCGAUGGAUUCUUCUUUAUGUGUAACUGCAGAUGAAGAGAUGGAAGAAGGGCAAAUUUCGGGUGAUGAUGGGGUUUAUGAUGAGUCAAUGGAUUUCUCACAUGAAGAUGUUGUAUCAUUAGAGAAGAAGAAGGUGGAACAGGUGAAAUUUCUUAAAGCCAUUGUUGAUGAAGUAGUGUCUACUCAUGAUGAACAAAAUGCAGGACUUGAGAGAGAUUCCGAGUCCAGUUCCUUAUUUGUCAAAGCAGUUGAUAAUGCUGGUAAUAGUAUGGAUGUGGAACUCAGAGAAAGGAUCAGAAAGGAGGUGGGGAAUGAAUCUCUAGUGGUUGUUUGUGGCAAGAUUAUAGAAGCUCAAAAGGCACACAAGUAUGAGAGUAUGCUAGAGACUGGAGAAAUUAGGAAGCAAUGUGGUGGAGUUGAGUCUGGCAGUCCAGCUGCUUGUGUUACAAAUCUGGCAUUGCAUGGCAAAAUCUCAGGGGAAAAUGACACUGAAAUUGAAGGCCCUGGAUCUACUGAAAAGGAUGAAGGUGUCAACAACAAGAAGAAAAAGCGGAUUCUGACCAAGGAAAGAAAAACAAAGAAAAAGAAAAAAGAAAGAAUUAAACGAGCAGAAAAGAACAGAAAGCUUGGUGUUAAGAGGUUGAAACUGCAGCCAAUUCUGAAACCGAAAACAGUGGCAUAUUGUCGUCACUUUCUCAAGGGAAGAUGCCACGAGGUUGUAGGAUUUUCUAGUCCUGUUGUUGUGGAUGAGAAGUGCAAAUUUUCACACGAUACAAUACCCCUGACAAAAUCAAAGAUGCCAGUCGAGGAGGGUUCCGUGAUUGCUUCAAAUGUUUCCAAUCCUGAAUCAAGUUCUUCUUCCCUGCUGAGCAAUAUAGGUCCUAAAAAGCCCUUGUCCAUACAUGGUGCACCUCAUCGCAGUGUCAAUGCCAAACCAUACUGCACUGGGAUCCCUCCUGGAAAGAGUACAGAACCAAAGGUGACACAGCCCACACUGAAAUCUACUGCUGAGGCACCCAAAGGAAUAAGCUUUUUUUCACAAGGGAAACUGUCAGUAGGCAAUACCAGUAAUAAGCAAAAACAAGCUGCCUCAUCUCUGAGGGUAGAUGAUGGUGUAAAAGUUGGUGAUCAAAUUAUCCAUAGUGUUGCAGGUGUGGCUCAGAAGUUGAAUGAAAUUACAAAGAAAACACCUGCAAUGUUGCCGAAGGGAAUUAAUUUCCUGUCAUUUGGCAAAGCUCCUUCAGAUUAUUCUUUUAGUAUAAAACCAUCCAGUUUACCUGUUAGUGGGGAUUAUGGUACAGGAAAAUCACUGCUGGGCAAUGCCAGUGAGGGUAAACAAGCUAGCUCAUCUCCAAUGAGUGAUGAUGGUGCUAACGUUGAUCAUCGGGCUGGUCAAAGUAUAUCAAACAUUGUGAAUUCGAAUCAGAUGACAAACCAAACUCCAUCUGCAGUUGUGCCCCGGGGCAUAAACUUUCUCUCAUAUGGCAAAGCUCCACAAGAUGUUUCUAGUAAUAAGAAACAACAAAGCUUACUAUCUACUCAAGGGAGUAAUAGUGUUCCAUCAUCUGUUCAAGGGAAAGAAAGAAGGGUUGAUAAACCUCAAAUCUCUAAUGCAAUGUCAUGGACACUGCCAUCUUCUUCUUUUUCUUGUGGACAAUCUUUGCAGCAGUUGGCAAAUGGAGAUAGUAAAAGCACACCAAGCUCUUCUCAGAAGUCACUCCUAUCAAAUUCACCAAUCUCAGUGCAGAAGUCACUCCAAUCAAUGUUGGCAUUUGCAGCUAAGUUUGAGUCCGGAAUCAAGAUUGAUCCAUCCACAGGUGACCCUGCUGUCCGUGCUGAGUGUGACAACGGAGCCGAAAGUUCACAAAAUUAGUCAUGUCUUGCCAGUUUUGAUUUUGUUAUACGGUGACAGUUGUAAGACCUAGCAAUAGAGGACAACAAGGUGGUCUAUUGUCCACAAUAGAAAGGCAUUUCUUUCCAGGCGCAAUAAGCAGCUAAGUUGCUCCUGGAACAAGAUAUUGGGGAUGUGAGUGGAUUUUGAGGCUGCUGUUUUUAAGCAAAUAGAGGUGAUCACGCAAGCGAAAACUGUCAAUAAGCUGAAGAAUUUAGAAGAGCUGUAAGUAGACAACAUUCCUUCCGACAUGUUCACAUAUAAGAACGGGAAAUAUUUAUCCCCAUUGCAACCAGGAAUUUAGUGAGUUGUUGAUUUUUGGUUCAGCAUUUGCUAAAUCACGAUUGACAGGCCUCAACAGGAUAAUGAUCAGAA